AUGACGGAUGUAAUGAAUAUUCCAACGGGCACUUCCAAUAGCGAUGAUCUCAGUGAACAACGUUUUAGUAACGAAUCCGAAUUACGAGAUUUAGUGUGUCAAUCGCUUGAGAAUGAUGGCAUUUUAACACGCAUCAAAGCCGAAUUACGUGCAGCUGUUUUUAAAACGAUCGAAAAAGCAACGAAUUCUACAUCGAUUAAUGUACGUCCAACUGCCUAUGACGGAAUAACCGGUCGUAUCUGUCGUGCACUUGUUCUCGAGUGGUUGGAACACUCACGUUUAUUCUACACAGAAGAUGUUUUAAAAACUGAAACCACAGGUCCGAAUCAUCCACCACCAUUAACCCAAGCUGAACUAUUGGAACAAUUGCACUUGAAAUCGACUCCAUCAACGCCACUUUUACAUGUGCUGGUUCAUCAAAGUCAAAAUCCUGUCAAAGAGACUGUUUCAACAAUCAGUGCUCUUCCUGAUUAUAUUCAACAGUCAAUAGAUCGUCAAUUUCCCAAUGAAAAAAUCAAUGAUCUCAGUCGUUUACGCGAACAUUUUCGUUCGCUAUUUUCAGCUGCAUUUGACAGCACUAUCCUAGAUGUAUUUCUCACCAAACAUAUUCCCCCAUCGUCAACAUCAUUCUCGAAGCGUGAUUACGAAGAGAUUUGUCUUCAAUGGAUGCAAGCAUGUGCUAAAGCAUUAGUACGGCAGACCAAUCCACCAAAGCAAGUGUCAGCACUAGUUUUCACUCAAGUGAUGAAUUCAAAAAAUACAGUUGAUGAAAGUACGCAACGGAUUACUCAGGCUGCUCGUUCAAUGUCACCAGCGCAAGAAUCGAAAUCAGCAUCAUCGGCGUCGUCUUCUUCUUCAUCGCCACCGCCGGACAAUCCUCGUAACAACCCAUUUAAUUUUCCAUUACCAACCACGAUCGACAAAAACAAAAGUACUAUUAAAACAAUAGUCGAUAUUAUUCCACCGUCACUAGUAAAUUUCGAUCAAGAAAGUAACAACGGCGAAGAGGACGAAGAAGACGAUACAUCAGCUUCGUUUUUCUCCAAACGGAACGCGACGCCGGCUCAGUUGAAUAGCUUGAAAACUAUUGACCAUAUUGUUCAAGGUGAUAUUACCCCACGUACUCGAACAACCGUUCAAAACCCGCCGAAUAGUGGUGCUAGAAAUCUUCCAGUUGAAUAUGAUGAUGAAAGUAUGAGUCAAAGUAUAAGUCAUAGUAUCAUUAGCAGUGUUGAUGAUAUCACCGUUGACAAGACUUCCGCCAAUGCUGCUAAUAUAGAUUUUCUCGAAGAUUUUUAA